UAUCUUUGCGGGGAAAGGAUGAGCUAAUCGCAGUUUGUCAACCAUUUUCAAUGAGAACUGAUAAGCUGAAAGAGAAAAUAUUCGUACUGAUACUAACUUCCUUCUCCAGAUGCUAUUAUCGUUUCGAUAGUAAAAUGAACAUCCGCUCUAAGUGAUAGCUGAAAUUAAAAUGCGUUUCAGGUUCAGUAUUUCAAAUAACACCCAAUAUUAAUCAGUUCUUCAAUUUAAGAAUGUGCUCGUUUUAAGGGUUUCAUCAUUAGCAAAUAUGAAGUUGUGUGUAAUUUGUGUGUGCGUGUUUGUUUUGUUUGUUGCAAAUUUUUCAUGGGGGCAUUCAACGUGUAAAACUCCAACUCUCCGAUUCGGACGAAUACGAUCAAGGCAAAGGGGCAAAUCCGUGAAGUUUCUGUGCAACCUAGGAUUCCAAUUGGCUGGAGAUAGAACAGCAUUUUGCAUUAAUGGCUCUUGGGAUGUGCCCAUUCCUAAGUGUGUUCGUCCAUCAUGCGCCAAAAAAGAUAAUGUUUCACCCAAAAACGGAGUGGCUUUGCCUUCACUGAAUGGGGCCGUACUGAUGUUUUACUGCCAGCAGGGUUACGAGAUAAAUGGGCCCGGAACAAUUUACUGCGAUGGUUUUCAAUGGGACAAUCACGUGCCGUCGUGCAUUCCCGCGCAUACAAAACCCAGUCUGUUUUGCGAUUUCGAAAGUGACGAUCUUUGCCACUGGACGCAGGAUAUAAAUCACGAUAUGGAUUGGGUGAGGGAUAACUACCAAACUCCUACAGGAAGUUCGAUGCCCACAGGGCCCAGUUUUGAUCAUACUUUAGGAGCUGGCAAAAAUGGUCAUUACAUGUACAUCGAGUCGUCAUCACGAAGGAUAAACGAUACUGCUCGACUCAUUUCGCCGAUUUUUGGCAAACUGGAUGGCAGAGUGUGCUUGGAGAUUUGGUAUCAUAUGUACGGAAAGACAAUAGGUACUCUAAGAGCGUACGUAAAAAAAAUAUCGGAUCCUUGGCCUCUGAAGCCCAUCGACGCAAUAUUCUCCGAGAGUGGAAAUAAGGGGAACGUUUGGCUGAGGCAAAUCACUGAUAUGGGGCCAAUUCCGGAGGAUUUCCAGAUUAUAUUGGAAGGCGUGCGCGGCAAUGGAUAUGUAAGCGACAUGGCUGUAGACGAUAUUAGAUUGAUUCCAAAUUGCAACAUUGACGAUUACAUGGAGACUAGCACAGAGUUUGUGACAGCCUCCUCCGAAAUUAUUAAAACCAUGGAUACUUGCCAAAAUCGUUGCGGUUAUAAAUCGUUUGGAAAUGAAAGUGCAUUCGUGAUGGCUUGCGAUUGCGAUGAUUUUUGCUAUGAAUCUAGUCGAUGCUGCCCAGACUGGGUGGAUAUGUGCUUUGCAGCAUUCUCGACUACUGAAGAAAGUACAGCGCCUGAAGCAAUAACAGAAGAUCUUGCUAGACAAACAACCCGUAUUCAGCACCUCCCUACGAAGUCGCUUUUUCCUUCAUCAGUGCCCAGAAAAGUGAAUACUAUGCCAACUAUAGUGAUUUUGCAACCAACAACCACCCCAGCUGUAAUAGAAAAAAAACUCCCAGGUAAAAACGACUCAAAGAUCGCGUUUGUUAAACCGAAAAAACCGACGCCAUCAAUGACCUAUCACGACGAUGUCGAAGUUCCCAUGAAUCCCUUGAGCAAUAAUGAAAUGCUGCCCGUGGAAAGCUCGCCCGCCCCCAUAGAAGACAGCAACGAUAUAAAUGCAAGCAGCAUGCAGGAAAGGGAGGAGGAUGUGGAGGACAUAACAAACCAAAAAGAUUAUCCCUUCAAAGUGCUGGAUGAGAGCUCAGAACAUGUGGGGGAAAUCAAGACGGAGCUAAAACAAACCCAAACAGAGGGAACCAACAUUCGGGCGAUUCUAUUGACCAUUGCUAUAGUGGGUGGUGUUAUUAUGGUGGGCAUUGGUGCCGGUGUGGCUUUAAUUAAGUUGAAAUUCCUCGGCAAUAGAAGGAUUAAUUCUGGCCAAGGGGACAGUCAGAGCGAUGUGCGGUUUUUGACAGCUGACGAAGUAUUAGAUUUUACGCUGGACAGAGAGUAUGAUGAUUUGUGAUAUUGCAAGAUGAAGAAUUUUGCUUGGGUGUGAUUAACUGAGGGCCUGAGAACUAACUCGAAAAAGAACUGUUUACGCAUCAUCCCCGUCUCAUCAGAUGAGAAUGUACGUGUAAAAGGUAGUAACAGUAAAAUUAAUUUAUUCUCCUUUAGCAAUAGGAACUUUACAUAUACUGGGUUGCGUAGAAUGAUGUAUUGAUUAUUUAGUUGGCCAUUGGUACUUAUUUUUUGAUAAUUUGUGGCUUAAAAUCAGGAGCAAGCACCUUUGAGAGUAAGUCUGCAUACAUGUCUAGUCGUUGUGUCAUCUGAAAAACCGAUAAAAUAUUACCUAGUG